UGCCUGGCGAUUGGCGGCCGCGGGCGGCGGCGCAGUGACGUCGCGGCGGGCGGAAGCGCGGGGGAGACGCCCGCGGGGCGGCCGCCCGGCGCCGCCGAUGUGUCCGCAGCCGCCCAUGGAGGUGAUGGAGGGGCCGCUCAACCUGGCUCAUCAGCAGAGCAGAAAAGCGGACCAUUUGCUGGCAGCCGGGAAGUACGAAGAAGCUGUUUCGUGUCACCGAAAGGCAGCAGCAUAUCUUUUGGAAGCCAGGAAGUUGACUCAAUCAGACCAGGCCCAAUUAUCACUGGAAUUGCAAAGGGAUAGUCACCUGAAACAGAUACUCCUUAUCCAAGAGCGAUGGAAAAGAGCAAAAAGGGAAGAAAGAUUAAAAAUACACCAUAUUGUGGACAAAGAGAGUGUGGCCCAUCUGCAGGCCUCUUCUAAGCCAUCUGCUGAGGAACCUGAGGACCAACACGUGGCAACCCCUGCCAGCCUCAGAUAUGGCUCCUCCUUGGAGAAGGAGAUGAAGGGGAUCUGUGGGGUCCUGGAUAGGGAUCCAGAUACAUUGCUCUUUCUGCUUCAGAAAAGGAACGAGCCGCCAGAAGUGUGCAUGAAGAGCAGGCCUCCAAAGGAUGACAAGAUGAGAAUGGAGGAGCAGGCCACCAAAAUUGCGGUCCUAGAGCGGCAUGUGGAAAUGCUGCUGGCUGAAAACGAAAGGCUGAGGCGGGAGAACCAGCAGCUCAGGGCUGAGAGCGCCAGGCUGUUAAAGUCUCCCCUGGAAAAGGAGGCGGACGUGGAUGCUGACUUUGUGGAAAAGUCAGAGCUGUGGGGUCUGCAGCAGCUCUCGGGGCCUGUCGCCACCGCUGCUGCCACUACAGCCUCCCCCUGGCAGAAACUGGCCGCCAAUGCCGGGAAGGCCAAGGACAUUCCCAUCCCCAGCCUUCCCCCCUUGGACAUUCCCUCCCCGGAGUUCCCUCUGGUAGAGCUCUCGGAGGAUCUCCUGAAGGGGCUCAUGAACAGCUAAGGGAAGACUGCUGGGUGGAUCCCCUGGACUUCAUCACGGUCAGAGGGGGAUGCUGCUGGGACAGCUGUGACUGAAGGGCAGAAACCUUAGUGACUUGGUUGCUGUGAGCAAAUGCAUGAUACUGAAUUGGCAAAGCAAAAUUCCUGUUUACCAUCGUUGGUAAAAGCUAAGUGCUCGCUCUCCUCUCUUCAAGCCAAAGGACUGAGGGGAGAUUGGAGCCAUGGGGUCCUGCAGGGCUCUCCUGAGUAUUCUUUGGAAGUAAUGGAUCUCUCUCAUGCCAUAAAAUAAUGUAAAUCCUACGUGGCACAAGGUGACCAUUUUGGCAGUGCAAGACACUUUCUAUCAUGCAUUGGCUUGCUGUUUCUUUUAAUUAUGCACAGAAAUAGUCAACAGAUUCUUGCUUCUGUCCCUUUGUAGGAUGGAUCUGUGUGCCACACUUUGCACUCCUAGCUUAAAAUGUAAUGUCAGCCAAUCAGGAGUGAUGCUAAGUUUCCAGGUAUUUUUAAGGACCCAAAUUUAAUUCUGGUGAAAUAUUUUGAUUUGUUUACAUAAUCAGGGUGCUUCAUAAUGUAUUUCCUGUAUAAGAAACGAUUAAGCAUUGUUUUAAACAAAUACAUAAGGAAGAACAAUUGUUGGUGCAUGAUAGGAAGUGAUAGUUGACAGAGAAUAAAAUGUUCCAGGUCUGUCUUGAA